UUUUUCAGAAGCACCUUUAAGUCUUUCUUGGUUUUGGAAGAAAACUGUGAACCUCUUUGUCCAGAGUUUUGUUAUUUGUUAAAUGAAAUCGAUGUUGAAGCAGGUGAAGCGGAAUCUGAGAUCAGGAUCGUCCGAGAAAAGGAAGGAAAAAGACAUUCAAGAAGAAAGGUGGUUCUUGGAGAACGGAGGCAUCUUCUUAAAAGAGCUAAUAGCUGAUUGUAAUGGUAAGUCCAUUCCUAUUCGCAGCUUUUCUCCUGAGCAGAUCUUGAAAGCCACCAACAAUUUCGAUUCAAGUUGUUUUGUCUGUGAUGACGCAAUCUUCGAGUGGUUCAGAGGAAACAUCGAAGAUAAAUCCUACUUAAUCAAGAGAUUCCACGAGGAUAGAUUUUUAGAACAAGAAUUUCAGGUUGGAGAGGCUUACAAAGACAUUGUCUUGUCUGCUCGGAUGAGUAAUCACAGCAACUUUCUGAAACUAUUUGGAUGCUGUUUCGAGUUCAGUUUUCCUGUUUUUGUGUUUGAAAAUGCAGAACAUGGAGUUAUGUUAGAGGAAGGACGUAUUCUGGUUAACGGGGAGGAAUAUAUAUUGCCGUGGAAUGUACGGUUGAAGAUUGGAAAGGAGAUUGCAGAUGCCGUGACUUAUCUUCACAUGGCAUUCCCUAAGAUCAUUAUACAUAGAAACAUUAAGGCAACAAAUAUUUUCUUAGACAAGAAUUGGACCGCAAAGCUGUCUGAUUUCUUGCUCUCCAUAAUGAUCCCUGAGGGAAAAUCAAGAAUAGAAGUUAAAUAUCGAGGAACAAAUGGGUACAGCGACCCAUUCUAUUUUACCACCGGUUUUGUGACGGAAUAUUCAGAUGUGUACAGCUUUGGAGCAUGUUUGUUUGUUUUUAUCACUGGUAAACCAGCUUUUGACCCCGCUAGAUUUGAGGGGAAUAACAUACUUAUUGCUGGCUAUGUGAAAGGCUUAUAUAAGAAUGGGAAGCUCGAUGAAGUUAUCGAUCCAAUGAUGGCAAAAGACAUCACAAGUGGCCAAAGAUUGCAGGUGGAAGCGUGUGUGGUGCUGGCUUUGAGAUGCUGCGAAGAAAGAGAUGAAGACAGACCAAAGAUGAUCCAAGUAGCUAAAGAACUCAAGCGGAUUGAGCGAAUAGAACAGUGACUAGAUGCUACAUCUGGAUUGUUAAAGCCUGAGACACUGGAAGAUGGGUCAAGUACGGGCAAGUAGACAAGGAAAUUCAAAUUCAAGAUUGAGAUUAUGCUCAUAAUAAGUUUCUGUAAACAUUGGAUUUCUUAUUGCAUUACUUUUUUUGGGUAAAGCUUCAGUUUAAUUAGGAAUUAUUUGAAGACUAAAUUCCUCAGAUUCAACACUACAUUGUUCUUGUGUUCUUGACAAGGAGGCAACUGCUUAACAUAACAAUAUAACAUGUAAAGAUUGCAAAAGCAUUUUGCAAUGGAUAAUGUUUACAUA